AUUGAGCAGCAACAAUGGUGAAUCGAUUUAUCUAGGGUUUCGAGUACGGUGUUAGUGUCUCUGAUCAUGUACGGGACAAGCAGGUGGCGUUGGAUGUGGAUCGUUGGAAAUAGUGAGUAGAAGCUCAACGAUGCAGAGAAAAAUUGUGUAUUGAAGGUGGAAGCAACGGUGGGCUUCUUAUUGGGGCUUGCAUUAAUCAGGUAUAACGGUGUUGAUUCAUUUUCUUGGUGGCAUUUUUUGGGUUUAUUCAUUUGUCAUAAUACAUCGUGUCUAUAAACUAAAUUGUAAAAUUUUGUGGUUACAGAGGCUUGAUCUUUUUGGUUGUGCUCUUGCUCAUGUUGGUGUUAUGGAUAUGCUUAGAUUUCACAAAUUCACUAUAGGUCAUAGAUGGACAUGUGACUUUGGUUGCUCAGAGAAGGAGGAAGAGUUCCAUUGGCUUAUCAAGUACUCGCCACUGCAUAAUGUUAGCAGACCAUGGGAACAAUCCUCUGAUCAGUUUUCUCAGUACCCAGCUACCAUGUUAUUGACAGCUGAUCAUGAUGAUCGGGUUGUGCCAUUACACUCAUUAAAGUUAUUAGCGGUGAGUCUUUAAUUGCUACAAUUAUGUUUU